GAUGCCUGACCAUGUCCAUCUCUGGCACGCUCAGCAAUUAUUAUGUCGACUCCAUCAUAAACCACGAGAGCGAAGAUUCUCCCGCGGUUAAAUUCGCUGCCGGCCAAUACUCGGCUCCCAGGCAGGGAGGCGAACAUCUGGAAUUCCCCUCCUGCAGCUUCCAGCCCAAAACUCCGGUUUUUGGGGCUUCUUGGGGUUCCCCCGUGUACCCCGCGUACCUCCCGCAGCAGGGCGGCCCCGAGAGCCGCUUCCUGCGGGGUUGGAUCGAGCCCCGCAACGAACCCGCCCCCGUCAAACCCGAGCCCCCCAAAAACUGCCCGGAUUUCCCUCUGGAAACUUCCAGCGGCGGCCCCAGGCGCGGCUUCGAGGAUAAUAAAGUUUGUGAAGGAAGCGAAGACAAAGACAGGACAGAUCAAAGUAAGUGGUAAAAGUGAGGAAGGAAAAAAAGCGC